CGUGUGAAUUCCUUCAGCAGGUGCCUCUAGUCCUGUAUUGCUGAGCAGCUGGAACACACACACACAGACGGACAGACAGACAGAAUGAGUUCCACAGGCUCCAGAGGAACCUCUGUGAAACCCAACAUGGGCAGCCCCCAAAAUCAGAAACUGUUACUCCUUUGUUGUAUCAAAACACCUUUAUUGAAGGGUCUACUCCCACUGAAUGUAAUGACAUUACUAGUGAUUGAAGGGCAUUGUACUCUUUUCAAUGGGGGCUUCGUCAGUGAUCAACCUGAACGUUGGGGGUCACAUUUACUCCACUGCUCUUGGAACUCUGCUCAAGUAUCCACGGUCCAAACUGGCCGAGAUGUUCAGCGGUCCGUCCAGACCCAAGGUGGACUCGGAAGGGAGGUACUUCAUCGACCGGGAUGGGACUCACUUCAAGCACGUGCUUGACUUCCUCCGGGGCCAAGACCCCGUGCCCAGUCUGGCCCAGGUGGUCUACCAGGAAGCCUUGUUCUAUGGCAUCGAGCCCUUGGUCAAGCUGCUGGAGGACUCACCCAAGAUCUUCGGCGAGAUGGUGGGCCGGAGGCAGUUCCUGGCCAGGGUGCCCAAUUACCAGGAGAACAUUGAGGUGAUGGUGCGGGUGGCCAGGGCGGAGGCUGUGGCUUCUCGCCAGUCCACUGUAACAGUGUGCGUGGUCAGAAACGAGGAGGAUGCAGCCAAAUGCCACGAGGCAGUGAAUGGCCUGGACACAGACAAGGAGUCGGUGGUGAGAUUCGGACCCUGGAAAGCAUCUCCAUCCAUCUCUGACCUACUCUACUGCAUCAAAUUGGACAUCGAAAGCAAAGGCUACAGUGCCUCCUACAGGCCUCAUGAGAUAGGGAAAGGGUUCCUUGUUCGACCUUGCGAAUUCCUCUACAAAUUCACCUUUACGUGGUGGUAAUACUCAAUGUAUGACCACAUCGCCUACCUAGGAGGCAUAGGACAAUCAGAAUAUUGUGCAAUUGUAUGUGUGAAGCGAGGAUGUUGCAUUUUGAAGCUAAACGAGAAUCACAGAAUGAUAAAGCACACAAGGCCAUUCUGUCUGUAAUGUCUGUGUCAGCUCUUCGGAAGAGCUGUCCGACAAAUCUCCAACACUUCCCCAUAGUCCUAAAAAUUUCUCCUUUUUGAAUGUUUACCCAAUUCCCUUUUGAAAACUACUGUUCAAUCUGGACCCACCAUCUUUACACACGUCAUGUUCCAGAUCAUGACAACUCACCAAACAUCCCAUCCACUGACUGUAAAUUUGGGCUCAUUGGUACUGACAGACCUGCCACUGAAAAUACAGUGUGGCUCCAAACUAACUACAUCCUGUACCAGCAUGUCUAUCUGCACUGUUACUUUCUUCAGCUGUAAUGCUGUUGUACUAUUAAAUGGACCCUGUGUUCUUUCUUUUUAAUUUCCAACACACAAGGACAACUCAGGGAAAUGAGGGACUAUACGGCCCUUAAGGGAGCUCUAGGAACGAUCUCCAAUCUGAUUUAUUUAAUCUGACAUACAAGGUGUUUAAACACCUUCGACCCAGACAUAUCUAUCCACAGAUAUCUGCUUCAUCACAGCAGUACUCAAACCCAUAUGACUAGAGAAUCUUUCAUUGUUUAUUUAAUUUGUUCUCAGACAUUACGGCGCACAGUAGCAGGUGUGCCUCUCGGUCAUUAUCCGUUGACACCCUGGAUUCCUAUAUGUACAAUUAUCACUCAUUUUGAUCCUCCAUGGAAUUUAAAGCACUUUGCACAUUUUUAAAAGCAAUAUUUUAUUAGACUUUCAAUCAUCUUCCAACUGCCUCUGCCGUGGCAGAGACGGAGAGUGAAAUUCACCCAGUUAGGAAAACGGGAGGGGGAGUUCAUUGGAGUUAGCAACUAAUGCACACAAGAGAAGGUGCGCAGGAACGUUGCUGAUUUAGAUUUCUAGCAUCCAUGGUAUUUUGCCUUCAUUCAAAAAUUAUUUUAAGUUUAGCAAGGCGACAUCGUUAUGGACUAGGCCAUACCUCCUCAAAAUAUUUCAAGAAAGUAGCCUGGACCCUAAAUUUGCUCUCUCUCCUUUUCUCUUGCUUCUCUCUUUU